CGAGCCAUUGUUGUUCAAUUUGUGGGUGUAGUAUAUAUGAGUAUAUAUCAUGUUGUAUAGAAUGGUAAAAUUCCCAAUUCUCUUGAGUUCUUAAUUUUAAGUUGAUGAUUAAUAUCGGAUUAGGUUAGAGGUAUCGCCAAAUCAACAUGGGAGGUUUCGAUUCGUUGCUAGCUAAAAUCUUAGAGUUCCUCUGUUGUUACCGAUUCUGAGAAGUUAAUGCAAUUGCCUUUUCAAAUUAGGGUUUCGGUCUGUGAUGAAAUUUUCCCUCUUUAGAUGGCUUCGUUGUCUUCAAAUGCUUUUCAUUUCUUAGUCAUUCAAAUUCUCAACCUCUUACUAAUAAACCCUAAUUACUUCCCCCAAUUAGGGUUUGUUUCGGCCUCAGUUGACCAAUUUUUGAUUGUCAAUUUCGAUUCCGAUUAUGCUUCCUAUUCAUUUCAAGGUGAUUAUUCCCCGCCAUCCCCACCACCUCCGUCUCCGCCACCGCAUCCGCCCUCAGUAUCGUGCGAGGAGGAUUUGAAGGGAAUUGGGUCGCUUGACACUUCCUGUGAGCUAAAUUAUAGUUUGAAUUUCACGGAUGAUGUGUACAUAGAGGGAAAUGGAAGCUUGUAUAUACUUGGAGGUGCAAGAUUGAGUUGCCCAAUAGCGGGAUGUUCUAUUUUGGUUAAUAUCAAUGGUGAAUUCAGGUUGGGGAGGAAUUCGGAGAUUGUAGCGGGGACAGUGUCUGUAACAGCAAGGAAUGCGAGUUUGUUUGAUGGGUCUGUGAUCAAUGUUACAGCGUUGGCAGGUUUGCCUCCUGAGCAGACGAGUGGAACACCUGGUGGUGUACAGGGUGCAGGUGGAGGGCAUGGUGGGAGAGGUGCUAGUUGUGUAAUGGACAAUAUGAAGCUGCCGGAGGAUGUGUGGGGUGGCGAUGCAUACUCAUGGUCAUCAUUGGGUGAGCCGUGGAGUUAUGGUAGUAAGGGUGGGACGACCAAUAGAGAAGAGGAUUAUGGUGGGAAAGGAGGUGGGAGGAUUCGGUUCGAUGUAGAAGGUGAUAUUGAGGUUCGUGGGAAUCUUUUCGCUGAUGGAGGUGAUGGUGGUACCAAAGGAGGAGGAGGUUCUGGUGGCAGCAUCUUCAUCAAGUCCCAUAAAAUGAUAGGCAGUGGCAGAAUAAGCGCUUCUGGAGGUAAUGGAUUUGCUGGGGGUGGUGGUGGAAGAGUUUCUGUCAAUGUUUUCAGUAGGCAUGAUGAUCCCAAAUUCUUGGUUCAUGGGGGAAGGAGUUUCGGUUGUCCUGGAAAUUCAGGUGCUGCAGGGACAUUUUAUGAUGCCGUUCCUCGGAGGCUCGUUGUCAGCAAUCACAAUAUGUCUACUGAUACUGAUACACUUCUUUUAGACUUUCCUAAUCAGCCGCUUUGGACAAAUGUUUAUAUUCGAAAUCAUGCAAAAGCUACUGUUCCUUUGCUUUGGAGUCGGGUGCAGGUUCAAGGACAACUUAGUUUAUCAUGUGGCGCAGUUUUAAGCUUUGGGCUUGCUCAUUACGCCUUAUCUGAGUUUGAGCUAAUGGCAGAAGAGCUUUUAAUGAGUGACUCUGUGAUCAAGGUAUAUGGGGCUUUGCGGAUGGCCGUCAAAAUCCUUUUGAUGUGGAAUUCCAAAAUGGUUAUAGAUGGUGAUGGUGAUGCAAUUGUUGCAACUUCCUUGCUUGAGGCCAGCAAUUUAGUGGUUCUCAGAGAAUCAUCUGUGAUACAUUCGAAUACCAAUCUGGGAGUUCAUGGACAAGGUUCGUUGAACUUGUCUGGACCAGGAGAUAUGAUUGAAGCUCAACGUUUGGUUUUAUCAUUGUUUUACAGUAUCAGUGUUGGGCAUGGGUCAAUUUUGAGAGGUCCCUUGAAGAAUGCAAGUAACAAUUAUGUGACACCAAGGCUCUACUGUGAACUCCAGGAUUGUCCUAAGGAACUGCUUCAUCCACCUGAAGAUUGCAAUCUGAACUCUUCAUUGUCCUUCACUCUUCAGAUCUGUCGAGUUGAAGAUAUAGUUGUUGAAGGAGUUGUAGAAGGAUCUGUUGUUCAUUUACACUGGGUUAGGACUGUAGUAGUCCGACCCUCUGGAUCAAUAAGUGCAUCUGGGCUGGGCUGCAAUGGUGGGGUGGGCAGAGGAAAACUUUUAAGCAAUGGUUUUGGUGGAGGUGGUGGACAUGGCGGCAAAGGUGGGGAUGGAUACUAUAAUGGCAGUUUGAUUGAGGGUGGUGUUGCAUAUGGGAAUGCUGAUUUGCCUUGUGAACUUGGCAGUGGAAGUGGAAACAGUAGUCUAGCUGGUGCAACUGCAGGUGGUGGUGUCAUUGUGAUGGGUUCAUUGGAGCACUCAUUGUCAAGUUUGUCAAUCAGUGGUUCUCUUAGAGCUGAUGGAGAAAGCUUUGAAGAAAAUAUCGGAAAGCAAGGUGGUAGGGUUAUUUUAGGCGCAGGUCCUGGGGGUGGAUCUGGUGGAACUAUUCUUUUGUUCCUUCAUACACUGGCCCUUGGUGAGUCUUCUAUUAUCUCAACGAUUGGGGGACAUGGUAGUUCUGAUGGUGGUGGUGGCGGCGGUGGAAGGGUUCACUUCCAUUGGGCAGACAUACCCAUUGGGGAUGAGUACCUGCCCUUAGCAAGUAUCAGAGGAACUGUCCACAUUGGGGGAGGAAUAGGCAGAGGUCAGGGUCAUGCUGGUGAAAAUGGAACUGUCACUGGAAAAGCUUGUCCGAAAGGACUUUAUGGAGUCUUUUGUCAGGAAUGCCCAGUUGGGACUUUCAAGAAUGGCAGUGGAUCUGACAGAGCACUUUGUCGUAAUUGCCCAUCUCACGAGCUUCCGAGUCGUGCUUCAUAUAUUGCUGUUCGAGGUGGUGUUGCUGAUACUCCUUGUCCUUACAAGUGCAUUUCUGAGAGAUACCACAUGCCACACUGUUAUACAGCCCUUGAAGAGUUGAUAUACACUUUUGGUGGGCCAUGGUUAUUUGGUUUUAUUCUCUUAAGUCUCCUUGUCCUUUUAGCUCUGGUGCUUAGUGUUGCUCGGAUGAAAUUUGUCAAUGCUGAUGAAUUACCAAGCUUGGUGCCAACUCGACGUGGGUUGCAAAUAGACCGCUCGUUCCCUUUCUUGGAGUCAUUGAACGAGGUUUUGGAAACAAAUAGAACUGAGGAGUCCCAAAGUCAUGUGUAUAGAAUGUAUUUUAUGGGGCCUAACACUUUCAGUGAGCCUUGGCAUCUACCUCACUCUCCUCCAGAGCAAGUAAUGGAAAUUGUAUAUGAGGAUGCAUUCAACAGAUUCGUGGAUGAGAUCAAUGGUUUAGCUGCUUAUCAGUGGUGGGAAGGAUCAGUCUACAGCAUCCUUUCUGUUCUUUCGUAUCCACUUGCAUGGUCAUGGCUGCAAUGGCGCAGAAAAAGGAAAAUACAACGACUGCGCGAAUUUGUUCGAUCAGAAUAUGACCAUGCUUGCUUGCGCUCUUGCCGUUCACGUGCUCUUUAUGAAGGGCUUAAGGUGGCUGCAACAUCUGAUCUCAUGCUUGCAUAUGUGGAUUUUUUCCUUGGUGGAGAUGAAAAGAGAGUUAAUCUUCCUUCUCGCCUUCAUCAAAGAUUUCCAAUGCCGUUAGUUUUUGGGGGAGAUGGAAGUUAUAUGGCUCCUUUCUCUCUACAUAGCGACAAUAUUCUUACUUGCCUCAUGAGUCAGUCUAUCCCACCUUCCAUUUGGUACCGAUUAGUGGCUGGUCUAAAUGCUCAAAUGCGUUUGGUUCGCCGUGGACAUCUAAGAACAACUCUUUGUCUAGUUAUCAGCUGGCUUGAAACACAUGCAAAUCCUACUUUAAGUGCCCAUGGUGUACGUGUAGAUCUGGCUUGCUUUCCUCCUAGUGCUUGUGGUUAUCGCCAGUUUGGACUCAUUGUUUGUGCUGUUGAAGAUGAAACUGUGCAACCAUCAGUUGAAGGGCCGGAUGGUUCUUUGUUAUCCGAGCAACAGUCACGGUUGCUCAGUACUCAUCAGGGCAAAGCACUGAAUCAUUUAAGAGUUAGCGAACAUCUAAUGACAAAUAAAAGGAUAUUCAGAGGGAUUUCACAUAUUAAGAGCUUACAAAAACUUGGAGAGAACAAGAAUAUAUUUUAUCCUCUCUCUUUUAUAAUUCAUAAUACUAAACCAAUUGGUCAUCAGGAUCUUGUUGGUUUGGUCAUCUCAAUACUACUUUUAGGAGAUUUUAGCUUAGUCUUGCUUACGUUGCUUCAGCUAUACUCUAUUUCGCUGCUUUGUUUCCUUUUAGUUUUGAUUAUUCUUCCUCUUGGCAUUCUAUUUCCAUUCCCAGCCGGAAUCAAUGCUUUGUUUAGUCAUGGACCUAGGCGAUCAGCAGGUCUUGCACGUGUAUAUGCUCUGUGGAAUAUCCUGUCUUUGAUAAAUGUUGUGGUUGCUUUCAUAUGUGGAUUUGUUCAUUAUAAGACUCAAUCCUCACCGAAUAAAAAACAUAUAAACUUUCAAUCCUGGAACUUUAGCAUGGAUGAGAGUGGUUGGUGGAUGCUUCCUUCCGGGCUAGUGUUGUGUAAAAUUAUCCAAGCAAGACUCAUUGAUUAUCAUGUUGCUAACCUAGAGAUUCAGGACCGCACAUUGUAUAGUGACGACCCUGAUGUGUUCUGGCAGUCCUGAAAGUUGAAACACAUCCAUUGACUAGGUUUGGGACCCCUCUUUUUGAUCCACAUUUGUAUAGUAUUGAUCUCGUGUUUUUGUAGAGAUAGCAAGUCAGUGAGUGGUGCAUGAGAGAGGGUGUUGUUUUCGGUUACAUGUGCAUCACCAAGUUCUACUCCAAUAUAUAGAAAAGUGGGUUUUUUUUUUUUU